AUGCAUGUGGAGCUCGGAGCCGCGGGUAUAAAAGGCCAGAGAUUGCAGUGUGGGAGUGUGUGCGGCUUCUUCACGGUCUCCAACAUGGCUCCCUACAAGUUUUCUGUCCUGGCUCUGCUGCUCCUCUCAGCCUACUGCUGCGCUGAAGAGUGCGUCGUGUGGAUGAUCCCCAGCUCAUUGAGAUGGACAUCGCCAUCAAAAAUGAGGUCGAGAGGAACGCUGAUCCCUGCACCUCCAGAAGCUGCAACCUUGAGGGAAAAGUCCAUCAUCACUCGUGGCCUGGAGUCCUUCUCUUCCUUCUCCUGCAUUCGCUUCAGACCCAGCAGAAGCUCAGAUCGUGACUGGCUGAGCAUCGAGUCCAAAGACGGGUGCUGGUCGUUCGUGGGUCGCCGUGGGGGAAAGCAGGAGGUGUCUCUGGCUCGCCGGGGAUGUCUGUACCACAACACCGUCCAGCACGAGCUGCUCCACGCUCUGGGCUUCAACCACGAGCAGACACGCUCCGACCGUGACAGCCACAUUAAAGUCCUGCUGCAGAACGUCGUCUCUGGAAUGGAGCACAACUUCAGGAAGAUCACCACUCUGAACCAGGGCACCUCUUACGACUACGGCUCCGUCAUGCAGUACCACAGGACUGCUUUCUCCAAGAAUGGCCAGCCCACCAUGGUGCCCAUCCCCAACUCCAACGUGCACCUGGGCGGAGCUCGAGAGAUGAGCGCCUCCGACAAGAAGAGGCUCAACUCUCUCUACAAGUGCUAUCCUUCCUUGCCCAACAAUAACCCCAGCAGAGACAUGUGCUAUCAGAGACAUGUGGCGCUUCAGGCCAGCAUAAAGCCUUGA